AUGUGGAAUGCGCCCCCGGGUUUCAGACCUACUAAAUCAGCUCCUUCAUCGCCAGCCAAGCCUCUUGGGAUUUCGCGAACUCGGUCUGAGUCAUUUCACGUCACGUACAAAGUCCCAGUUGGUGACACCCCCUAUGUACGAGCCAAAAAUGUUCAAUUAGUGGAUAAAGAUCCAGAGAGAGCAAUACCGCUGUUUUGGGCAGCAAUUAAUGCAGGAGAUAGAGUGGAUAGUGCUCUGAAAGAUAUGGCCAUUGUGAUGAAGCAGCAAAAUAGGGCUGAAGAAGCCAUUGAAGCAAUUAAGUCGUUGCGCCAUCGCUGUUCAGAUCAAGCUCAAGAGUCCCUUGACAAUAUUUUAGUUGACCUUUACAAGAGAUGUGGAAGAUUAGAUGAUCAAGUAGCAUUGUUGAGGCACAAAUUGUAUCAAAUUCAGCAAGGAAUGGCUUUCAACGGGAAGCGCACCAAGACUGCAAGAUCCCAGGGGAAAAAGUUUCAAGUGUCCGUGGAGCAAGAGGCCACUAGAUUGCUGGGGAACUUAGGAUGGGCAUUGAUGCAGCAAAACAAUUACAUUGAAGCAGAGGAUGCUUACAGGAGGGCCCUAUUGAUUGCACCAGACAAUAACAAAAUGUGCAAUCUCGGCAUUUGUUUGAUGAAACAGGGGAGAAUAGACGAGGCGAAAGAGACUCUUAGAAGAGUGAAACCAGCAAUGGCUGAUGGUCCUAGAGGUGUAGAUUCCCAUCUCAAGGCCUAUGAGAGAGCACAGCAAAUGCUUCGAGAUCUGGAAUCUGAAUUAAUAAAUAAGAGCGGGGAUAGGGUCGAACAGAGUAAACUGUUUGAUGCAUUUCUGGGCUCUUCUGCAAUUUGGCAGCCUCAGCCUUGCAAGGAGCCUAUCAAAAAAUUUUCUAAAUCUGAAAACGAAUUUCCCGAUGAGAAUGUCAACACUAACAUCAUAACAAACCCGGUGGUUCCCCCCGUACAAAAAAGUUUCAAGCAAGCUGUUUCUUGGGGAAAUUCACUCAAUAUCGAUGCACCACCAUUCUUUUCGUCGAAAUUUGCCAUGCAAUUCCCAGAGAGCCUUAAGAGAACGAGGUCUGGAAAUGCAGCAAAUUCAAGUUUAAAUGAAAUGGGAGGAAAGCAAAUGAUGUCUUUUGCAGAGCCGGAAAAUAAAAUGCAAAAGCCGGCUUCUUCACUGGAGAAAACAGAAGAUAAGUGGGCAGGUUUGCUUCCGGACAGUGAGGAUUUUGAGAAUGCAAUUAUCGCUGCGGUUUUGGGUUCCGACAGUGAAACCAAAAGGGCAGAGGAAACAAGAAAUGAUACUGGAUUUCCUCAAAGGAAGGUUGACAAAAGGCUAAAAGUUUUUCAGGACAUUACACUGUCUUUGAGUCCGAGGACGUGA